AGUGGAGUUGGAAUUCCAGUCCUUGAGGACUGGUGGAAAACAUGUAACUGUAACUUCUGCAGCUACAGAAGACACUGAAUCCUUCCUAGCUCUUCCACUCUGCUCACUGGCAUGCGUCCUGAUGCCUCCACAUUUGUAGCUUUAGCCUCCCUUCCCUACGGUGCAGACUUGUCUACUUCAGUCUAGGGAAUAGCAUUUAUUAAGCACCUACAUUACCCCUGGGAUGAAGGAGUUGUUGAUAUUUUAAGUGCUGCUGCCAGCUGCCAUUUUUCUCUUCUCUCUUACCAUAGUGAGGAUUGAACCAAAGGUCCCCUACACCAAGCUCCGACACUGUUCUAGUUUCCCUUCCCUGCCUCAAAGGUAAAGAGUGAAUAUCUCCAACUCCUCUCCAUUUUGAGAACAACGUGCCCUGGGCUCCCAUGCUGGGGUUUCAGAUGUGCCCCACAUACAGUGCAGGCAGUAAUGGCACUGGGACCCAGGGAUUCCUUCAUCCUUGGCAAGCUGGCUGAACUCUCUCCCCAUCUUCAUUCCCAUAUCACAGGAGCAUUUUCAGAACACUUGCCUGAGCCCCCCUUCCUGGAAAUCGUUAACUGUGCCUCACAAACUAAGGCUAGUGAAGGGAGUCAGCUGUCUUAAACAAUCCGCUUCACUGUUGUAUACAGAAAAGUUAAAUGCCGUGAGGUAGAAGUCUGCAUGGCAUAGGAAAAGGAGGUGGCUUCUGUGUCGUCCCAUAGGCCUCACCGUUUCCAUCUGCCAUCUCCCUCGUCUGUUCUGCUGGUAGGGCCUCUGGUGUAUGGACUUGUACAUGAUGAACUGUGAACUUCUAGCCACUUGUAGCGCCCUUGGGUACUUGGAAGGAGGCACUUACCACAAGGAGCCGGACUGCUUGGAGAGUGUGAAGGAUUUGAUCCGAUACCUGAGGCAUGAGGACGAGACUCGAGAUGUGCGGCAGCAGCUGGGAGCCGCGCAGAUCCUGCAGAGUGAUCUCCUGCCAAUCCUCACCCAGCACCGCCAGGACAAGCCUCUCUUUGAUGCUGUGAUCAGGCUGAUGGUAAAUUUGACUCAGCCAGCCUUGCUCUGUUUUGGCAGCGUGCCUAAGGACCCCACUGUACGACACCAUUUUCUGCAGGUUCUAACCUACCUGCAGGCCUACAAAGAGGCCUUUGCCAGUGAAAAGGCAUUUGGAGUCCUCAGCGAAACCUUGUAUGAGCUACUGCAGCUGGGCUGGGAGGAUCGGCAAGAAGAAGACAACUUGCUGAUUGAACGGAUCCUUCUGUUGGUCAGAAAUAUUCUCCAUGUCCCAGCCAACCUUGAGCAGGAGAAGAGGAUCGAUGACGAUGCCAGCAUUCAUGACCGGCUUCUGUGGGCAAUUCACCUCAGUGGCAUGGACGACUUGCUCCUCUUCCUGUCCAGCUCAUCCGCUGAGCAGCAGUGGAGCCUCCAUGUGCUGGAGAUCAUCUCCCUCAUGUUCCGAGACCAGAAGCCUGAGCAGCUGGCAGGAGUAGGGCAGGGACGCUUGGCUCAGGAGCGAAGCACAGAUUUGGCAGAAUUGGAAGUGCUGCGCCAACGGGAGGUGGCCGAGAAGAGAGCCCGAGCCCUGCAGCGAGGAAACAGGCACUCUCGAUUUGGGGGCUCCUAUGUUGUCCAGGGGUUGAAAUCUAUUGGGGAGAGGGAUGUCGUCUUUCACAAAGGCCUUCACAACCUCCAGAACUACAGCUCAGAUCUAGGAAAGCAGCCCCGGAGGGUGCCUAAGCGUCGUCAGGCUGCCCAGGAGCUGUCUGUCCAUCGCCGCUCUGUCCUGAAUGUGAGGCUCUUCCUCAGAGACUUCUGCUCUGAGUUCCUGGAGAACUGUUACAACCCACUCAUGGGUGCAGUCAAGGAUCACCUGCUUCGGGAGAAAGCUCAGCAACAUGAUGAGACGUACUACAUGUGGGCGAUGGCUUUCUUUAUGGCCUUCAACCGAGCUGCUGCCUUCCGCCCUGGCUUUGUCUCUGAGACCCUCAGUAUCCGGACCUUUCACUUUGUGGAGCAGAACCUCACCAACUACUAUGAGAUGAUGCUGACAGACCGCAAGGAGGCCGCCUCCUGGGCACGCAGGAUGCACCUGGCUCUGAAGGCCUAUCAGGAGCUGCUGGCCACAGUGAAUGAGAUGGACAUGUGCCCAGACGACGCUGUCAGGGAGAGCAGUCGCAUCAUCAAAAACAACAUUUUCUACAUGAUGGAGUACCGAGAACUAUUUCUGGCACUCUUUCGAAAAUUCGAUGAGAGAUACCAUCCACGUUCAUUCCUUUGUGACCUGGUGGAGACCACUCACCUCUUCCUCAAAAUGUUGGAGCGCUUCUGUCGGAGCCGAGGGAACCUGAUGGUGCAGAACAAAAGAAAGAAGAGAAAAAAGAAAAAGAAGGCCCAGGAGCAGGGUGUUGCUUUCUCACGUAGCCCUGAGGAGCUGCAGGCCAUGUGGUCAGCGCUGGCAGAGCGGCUGCUGCAGUGCGCCCAGGAACCUGAGCUCAGUGUGGACUCCAUCAUUCCCUUUGAUGCGGCCUCAGAGGUGCCAGUGGAGGAGCAGCGGGUAGAAGCUAUGGUGAGGAUCCAAGACUGCCUUGUGGCUGGCCAGGCCCCGCAAGCCUUGGCCCUUCUGCGGUCUGCCCGGGAAGUGUGGCCUGAAGGAAAUGUGUUUGGCUCUCCAGUCAUUUCCCCAGGGGAAGAAAUGCAGUUGCUAAAACAAAUCCUCUCUGCAACCCUUCCCCGGCAGCAGGAGCCAGUAGAAGGAGAUGCAGAGGAGGAAGAUGAAGAGGAGGAGGAGGAGGAAGAGGAGGAGUUACAGGUGGUCCAGGUGUCAGAGAAGGAGUUUAAGUUUUUGGACUACUUGAAACGCUUUGCAUGCUCAACCAUUGUGCGAGCCUAUGUGCUUCUCCUGCGGAGCUACCGGCAGAACAGCGCUCACACCAACCACUGCAUCGCCAAGAUGCUGCACCGGCUGGCCCAUGACCUGGGGAUGGAAGCCCUGCUUUUCCAGCUCUCCCUGUUCUGCCUCUUCAACCAGCUACUCAGUGACCCAGCCGCUGCAGCCUACAAAGAGCUAGUGACUUUUGCCAAAUACAUCCUCGGCAAGUUCUUUGCGUUGGCUGCAGUGAACCAGAAAGCAUUUGUGGAGCUGCUGUUCUGGAAGAACACCUCGGUGGUUCGGGAAAUGACCCAGGGAUAUGGCUCCCUUGACAGUGGGUCUUGCAGCCACAGAGCCCCUGUGUGGAGCUCUGAGGAAGAGGCCCAGCUUCAAGAACUAUACCUCGCCCACAAGGAUGUAGAAGGUCAGGAUGUAGUGGAGACCAUCUUGGCACACCUGAAAGCUGUCCCUCGGACACGCAAGCAGGUCAUCCACCAUCUGGUACGCAUGGGCCUGGCCGACAGUGUCAAGGACUUCCAGAGGAAAGGGACCCAGAUUGUCUUGUGGACAGAGGAUCAGGAGCUGGAGUUACAGCGGCUCUUUGAGGAGUUCCAGGAUUCCGAUGAUGUUCUUGGUCAUAUCAUGAAGAAUAUCACAGCCAAACGUUCACGGGCUCGAGUAGUGGACAAACUGUUGGCCCUGGGACUCGUGUCCGAGCGCAGGCAACUGCACAAGAAACGGAGGAAGAAGCUGGCGCCCUCUUGCAUGCAGAAUGGGGAAGAGUCCCAGAGAGAUGCUUGGCAGGAAGAUCCAGAAGAAGAAGAGGAAAAAGAAGGCUUGCCAGAGAGUGAGGGUGAGGAGAACGAGGAAGACUUGUUAGCAGGACAGGUCCAGGGCAGCUCAUCUCUUUCUGCUGAAAACCUCCGUCAGAGCCUUUGUCAGGACGGCCUCUCUGCUCCCCUCCUGUGGCUCCAGAGCUCCCUGAUUCGCGCAGCAGAUGACCGAGAAGAGGAUGGCUGCUCCCAGGCCAUCCCUCUGGUGCCUCUGACGGAAGAAAAUGAGGAAGCAAUGGAGAACAAACAGUUUCAGCAUCUGCUACGUAAGCUAGGAAUCCGGGCCCCCUGCUCAGGACAGGAAACCUUCUGGCGAAUUCCAGCCAAACUGAGCUCCACCCAGCUUCGGAGAGUGGCUGCUUCUCUGAGUGAGCAAGAAAACAAGGAGGAAAGAGAGGAGGAGCCAGAGCCGAAUCCAGGAGUCCCUGGAGAGCAGAGUCCCAGUGAGGAGCACCAAGUGAGAGCCCCGAGAGCCCUUUUGUCAGCUCGUAAAAGGAAAGCAGGCCUGGUGUUUCCAAAAGAGGAGGCCACUGGGGAGGAAGAAUGGAAAUCGGUGCCUAAGAAGCAGCAACUGCUGGACAGCGACGAAGAGGACACCGACGACGAGAGGGGAGGGCAAGCAGCAGUGUCGGGAACCCUGAGAAUCCACAAGAAGAAACGGUUUCUGGUUGAGGAUGAAGAUGAGGAUUACUGAAGCCUUUGACAGAUGCCAGUUGGAAGGCACAGAAGCUAUUUCACCUUGCCUGCAUUCAAAGCAAUCUCCUCUAGGAGUUUUAGGCACCAGUGAGAAGAGCAGGGAGAUGCUAAGGUGGCCGGGACUCCUCUCUGGGCUGUCUUCACACAGGGAGCUUCAUACCACAUGACACGUGUGUUCAUACCAUCCUCACCAGGUACUGGACUCAUUUUCUCUCAGUGGUUGAACCCAGGACACAUGAUUGUGCCCGUUACUGCAGUUGGGUAGAGUUGGGAUACACUACUCUCAAGCUGACAAGCAUCCUUGAUUUGUGUUUCUUAUUAAACGUGUAAAAUUAACAAUUGCUGAUCUCAAAGGGACCAACCAGUCUUCUGUUGUGUCUCUGGAACAGAAGAAGGUUAAGUGCUCGCUUCGGCAGCACAUAUACUAAAAUUGGACCAAUACAGAGAAGAUGAGCAUGGCCCCUGCACAAGGACGACACACAAAUUCAUGACACGUUCCAUAUUUAAAAAAAAAAAAAAAAGAGGGGGCUGGGGAUUUAGCUCAGUGGUAGAGCGCUUGGCUAGGAAGCGCAAGGCCCUGGGUUCAGUCCCCAGCUCCGAAAAAAAGAACCAAAAAAAAAAAAAAGAGGAAAGUUAAAAGACAUUUCCUGAACUGAGCGUGGUAGCAUGACCUUCUACUCCCAGAAUGUGGAAGAGAGAAGCAAGAGGAUUGAUUUCCUGAGGGGGAGGGGAAAGAGUGACAUACCCUCUGCCUGGGCCAAUAAAUGUAAUAAAAAAAAUCAGCCUGACAAUAAAUGUGAUUUUAAAAAGA